UGUCACAAGGAAGAAGACAGUAUAUCUCAUCGGGGAUGAAAUAUCGCAAAAGAUAGCUUUAGCCUAGCCUACUCCUGACUAACAUGGCGGCGAGAAAUGUCAAGGAUGAACGCAAGCAGGAGUUUCAUCCGGUGCUUUGCGACAUAUGUCUGGACGCCCAGGUGCCCGCUAUGAAGACUUGCCUCAAGUGUGAGAUCUCCAUGUGUGCCCAGCACCUCCAGGCCCACCUCACCACGCCAAUCCUGCUGCAGACUCAUCCCCUGACCAAGCCCACAGCGCCCGGGGCCCUGAGCUCUUGCUGCCCGGAGCACGGCAAACUCCUCGAGUACUACUGCUUGGACGACUGCACCUGCGUGUGUGUGUCCUGCUCUAUCGAGGGCCAGCACCGACUGCAUGACAAGAAGACCCUUCCUAGAGCUCAUAAGGUGCUGGUGGAGAAGCUGAGGGAAGAGCUAAAGGAGCUGGCAGAGCGAGAGAAACAGGGCAAGGUGCUGAAGAGCUGGGAGACAAAGCAAACAAAGGCCUUGGAGGUAUCUACUGAGUAUCUGGUGGAGAGGGUGUCGGCGCUGCGUGAUAUUGGUCUCACCAAAGUGCAAAGCUCGGUCACAGCACGUCUUGGAGCCAUCCAAACAGCUCGACAGAGCAUAGAAGCAGCCUUGUCAGAAGAAGAUGCCCAUAUGUUUCUGCAGAAGUUUGCAGGAGUGCACGAAGCUGUGGAGAAAGCCCGCGCUGUAGACUUCAUCCAUGGAUUAGAAGAGGAGGCAGAGCCUGCAGAGGUCAUGUCUGACCUUCUCAAGAAUGGGCAUCAGGUCAUGGAAAAGGUGAAAAAGCUGCAGAGAGACCUGCUGGUCUUGGUUGACCCAGAUAACCAUACCUGGGUCAGACAUGAACCUACAGAUGUCAGCUUUGACCCUCAGGAGAUGGUGCAUUAUUUUUUUCUGUCUUCAGAUUUUAAGAUGCUGUCAUGUCGCUCACCCAUAGGAUAUUUCUCUGAAAGAGUUUACCUCCAGAAUGAUACAAACAGUGAUCUUUACUGGACAAUUAAGUUUUCUGAGAAGUAUGAUUGGAGUGUUGGCAUUGGUGCUAAAGAUCUUCCCAAUGAGGCAUCCAGUGGGGUUCGCCUGAAUGGUCCACUUUAUGGUUUGGAAUGGAAAAACAAACAGUAUUCGGAGCUCUACACAGAAACCAGGCAGUUAGGCGAGCAAGAGCAGCUUCAUCUCAUUUGCAAAGCUCUGACCUACCCACCGAAAUCCAGCUCUCCACAAGUUAUGGACUUUCAAGGUAAACUAGAGGUCCUCUGGGAUUCUUCUGCUCGGGCACUGUCCUUUUUCACAAGGGGUGAAUAUGAUGAGAUGAUCCGUCUGCACACUGUAGCCAUUGACAGCAGUGUCUCACAGGAGCUAUUCCCCUUUGUCACUCUGGAGAAAAGAGAGAAAGGUCCACCAAUUUCUGAUUAUGAAGAUUAUGGAUACAGACUCUCACCACGACGUGUAGAUUUUCUGUGUGCACUUGAAGACCAGAUUGGAUCUGAGCCGCCCACAAAGAAAAGGAAAGUAAAAUAAUUUUUGAAAGGGGGGAAAAAACUAUACUCUAUCCUCUAAAAGGGGUUGUUAAUCUGGAUUCUGGACUAUUGCGUUUUCUAACAGAAAAUCAUUUACAGAGAAAAUCAAAACCCUAUGAAAACAUCUCAACAUUUAUGGUAGUCAUAGGUCUAGCAUUGUAUCUAUUUCCUUGUGGUGUCUGUGGUUUAAACUAAUAUGGGGCUGUAAUUGCGUUGGUCACUGGAAGUUAUGUUUCUUGAUUUAAGUGUUCAUUUCAGUUGUAUGAGUUCAAAGGUGAUUACUCCUGAAUCUGUCUGAUCUUACUUUUGAUCACUGUUCAAGUCACAAGUCAAUAGACUUACAGUAUUCCAUACUUACAUAGCACAUUUACAUUUUUUUUUACACUAGGCUAUGGG